CCAUACCAUACCACUAAAAAACUCUCACUUGCUUCUUCCAUGACUGUCUCCGUAGCUUCUUCCACUAGAUUUCCCAAGAUGCAAUCCGGGGUUUGUUACAGUGGAUCCUUCACCCCACGAGUAACAGUGAGAUGCUGUGAAAUCGCAAACGAGCCUCCACGACCAAAAUCAAAGCUCCAAGUCGGAUCACCAAUCAUCAUCGUGGAAGCCCCUAAAGUUAUAAAAACAGCAGCUUCAAUGCCUUGCCUUAGAGCUAACUCUGGCUUGGUCAAGCCUGGCGAUGUUGGAAGAAUCGUGUCAAGAAAACCAAAGGACUUGUGGGCAGUUCGGCUCUCCAUUGGAACGUAUCUUUUAGAUGGUAAAUAUUUCAAAGCUUUGGAGCUCGACGAAGAAGCUACUGAUUGAGAUCAUGUCUCACGUCAUUUUCAGUUUUUUUUUUUACAUAAAUACAUCUGUUUUCUUACUAAAAUUGUUCUAGCGGUGUUUAUGACAAAAAAAAAACAAAAAAAAAUUGUGUAGAGAUAAGUUUAUUUUUAAAAUAAUAAUCAUUUUGAACA